UCCACCGGUAUAUCCGGUCGGACCAGUCCAAACGCAAAGAGACACAUUAUUAUUUCGAGAUUAAUAAGAAACCAGACUGUGCAUGAUUAAAUUUAAAUAUGAACUUUCGUACUGUAGACAAAAGGUGCCAACUACACCUUUUGAAAGGCUGCCAAGGACAUUUUGUUUUUUACAAUUUGAUUUUGUCAUUGAACAAAAUGACACGUGCUUUUUAGAUGUGUUGAUUUGAUUGAAGAGUUUGUCCUUAAGUUAGCUGACUUUAUGUUUUUUAAUCGGUGGAAUGACUUUUAAGCAACUUUGAUGAAGUGAGAUCACUUCACUUGUGCACCUCUGUGUUUUCGUUCUCGUGCAAGUCGCACAAGUGUAAACAAGCUCGAGGUUUUCCUUCCCGCGAGGAUGUCCUGUCACGACGCGCUAAUAAGCAUUGUUAUGCGUCGCCUUCGCUGCGGAUUGUGUGACUGAUUACAUCAUGGCCGCUUUGUGCGCCAACGGGGCUUGAAUAUCCAGUCGGGCCGUGAGCGGCGUUCGCUCCAGCCGAGCGACUGUCAGCCGUGAAUAAAUGCGCCGUAAUUAAACGGGAAAGAGGAUCUGGACAUGGUCCCUGGGUGAAAAUCAUUCUCCUCAGUGUGAUGUGAUAGCAAUUACCUGGUCAAAGAAGCAAUUUUGACCUCCGCUGCCAGUGGCCAUUUUCUUUAUCGACUCACUUAAAGCAAUUUCGGAGUAAAUAUUCCGCUUUGGGAAAAUGAAAUGAAGACUUUGAGCAAAUCGGGAGAAGAUUUGUCCUUACGUGGGUAUUGAAACUGUGCUGUUGCGUAACAUCUGUGCCAUAGAAAAUGCGUACACUAAUUGGUUGACAAGGGCGGCAUUAUACUUUGAAUGUCACGCACCCCUCCCAGCAUCAGUCACAUGUCUCGGGUCAUGAUCGUGUUGAUUUCUUUUACUUAGCCGGCUUUUCAAAACAUCCACAAAAUUGCAUGAUCGAUCGCUCUCAGGCAUUUUUUAAAUAAUCAAGACUCUGUUCCUCUCUUGUACUUUUCCCCCCUAAUCACAUAAAAGCUAUAAAUCUAUAUAUGGUCUGCAUAUUUUGCAAAUUUCCACCUAUUAUAGCUAGAUCUGGAAAGUUCCCUCUCAUCGAAGGUAGUCGCUCCUCGGGUCAGGUGGAAAAGGUCGAGCGCAAGCCAAUCAGGAGCCGGCGGUGGCGGAGCUUAGUAGGAAGCUGCGCAGGGGUCCGUUUUGAUGAGCAAGUUAAACUUAGACCAGACAGCGCUAAGGUUGCACGGCGGAAAUAAUCCGGCGCUCCACUCAGACAUCUGAUGGAUUUGUUUAUUUUGGUUUUUGGAUAUUUUGGACAUGCACAUUUUAUCACCUUGCUGUGUCACCAAGUGGCUCAAUGGCCCGAAGAGGAAGAGGAAGAACAGUCAAUGUUCGGUUAAGAGUAUGACGGGGUACAUCCCCAGCUACCUGGAGAAGGAUGAGCCAUGCGUGGUGUGCGGCGACAAAGCCACAGGCUACCACUACCGCUGCAUUACCUGCGAGGGCUGCAAGGGUUUCUUCCGCAGAACCAUCCAGAAGAACUUGCACCCCGCCUACUCGUGCAAGUAUGAAGGCUGCUGCAUCAUCGACAAGAUCACGCGCAACCAGUGUCAGCUGUGUCGCUUCAAGAAGUGCAUCGCUGUGGGCAUGGCCAUGGACCUGGUGCUGGACGACUCCAAGAGGGUGGCCAAGCGGCGUCUGAUCGAGGAAAACCGGGUGCGCCGCAAGAAGGAGGAGAUGGUCAAGACGCUGCAGAACCGGCCCGAGCCCAGCGGCUCCGAGUGGGAGCUGAUCCACAUGGUGACCGAGGCCCACCGCCACACCAACGCUCAGGGCGCCCAGUGGAAGCAGAAGCGCAAAUUCCUGCCGGACAAAAUCGGCCAGUCGCCGGUGGCGCCCACGUCGGACGGCGACAAGGUGGACCUGGAGGCCUUCAGCGAGUUCACCAAGAUCAUCACCCCCGCCAUCACGCGAGUGGUGGACUUUGCCAAAAAACUGCACAUGUUCUCCGAGCUGCCCUGCGAGGACCAGAUCAUCCUGCUGAAGGGCUGCUGCAUGGAGAUCAUGUCGCUGCGGGCGGCCAUGCGCUACGACCCCGAGAGCGAGACGCUGACGCUGAGCGGCGAGAUGGCGGUCAAGCGCGAGCAGCUCAAGAACGGCGGGCUGGGCGUGGUGUCGGACGCCAUCUUCGACCUGGGCAAGAGUCUGGCGCAGUUCAACCUGGACGACAGCGAGGUGGCGCUGCUGCAGGCCGUCCUGCUCAUGAGCUCAGACCGCUCGGGCCUGACGUGCGUGGACAAGAUCGACAAGUGCCAGGAGACCUACCUGCUGGCCUUCGAGCACUACAUCAACUACCGCAAGCACAACAUUCCUCACUUCUGGCCAAAGCUGCUGAUGAAGGUGACCGACCUGCGCAUGAUCGGCGCCUGCCACGCCAGCCGCUUCCUGCACAUGAAGGUGGAGUGUCCCAACGAGCUCUUCCCGCCGCUUUUCCUGGAGGUCUUUGAGGACCAGGAGGUGUGACGGAAACGUUGAGCCCCAGGGGGGAGAAAAAAAAAAAAGCUUUCUGAACUGGAAAAAGCAAGUGGAGCAAAAGAGGAAAUCCAGCGGUGGCGCUGGCCCUUCUGUCUGAGCAUGCUGUCUGGAUUGACGCCAACACACAAACACACCACCCGCGGGAACGCCGGCCGUGGCUCCUCACAGUAUUACGCUCAUGGUUCUCCGUUGUGUCCUCACCGGACGCCAAGUCCUCAAUUCCUCCAGUCAAUCUGAGCCGUUACAGUCCAUCCCAAGCGACACGGGUGCUAACCUUCUUCAGACUACUCCCUUUUUUUGUUGUUGUUGUGUGUUGAUCAUGGCUCCAUAUCGAACUUUUUGUUUUUUUUGUAAUCGGACCGGCGCCUGUGACACACGCAAACACACGCGUAGCCUCACCUCAGAGUAACGUGAAUGCCUCAUUGGCUGCCUUGCAAGGUGGCUGUUUUUGAUUUAAUUUUUUUCCUUCUUCAGUUGGGGCCCUCACCUGCGGGGCCUUUACUAAGUCCUCCUCUAGACUUCCAUACACAUUUGCCUUUGUUUCUUUUUUUUCUUUCUUUCUUCAUAAACACAAACGUUAAGCGCAGGCAAAACACGCCAAGAACAUGGCGAGCAUUUACCUCAGAAGUGGACUCAUACCCCCACUGGUUCUGGGCACUACCUCACCUCAAUAUACAUACACACACCUCAGUGAUAUCUGUUGCAAAGAAAUGCCACUGAAGAAGACGAGAGGGCCCACCAUCUUGCUGGAAGACGGAGACCUUAACAUCGCAUUUUGAUUUUUUUUUCUUUUCUACAACCCCCGGAGAAAAUGCGGGACCAAGAGUUGUCUCUCUGAGAUUUUGAAAACGCCCAACUUGUGACUCGGACGCUGGGAAACGAACAGGAGCGCCGCCAACCCAAGUACCCCCCAUCACCACAGACUCCAUACCCCCCCCCACCUACCCCACUCAGGCUGUUGAGUUGUUGUUUUUGCACUACUCACAACUGGUGCAAGUAAAAAAAAAAAAAAAGAGCGGCCUCUGUGCGACGGAGGCGGCGGGCUCAGCCCAAGACUCGCAACUGUCAGUAUUAGCGACCAGGUCCAUCCACCGAACGAGGGUGAGGAGGGGGCGCCACGCCACCUUUUGUGGAGGUGGGAAGGAGGGACCCUGAGACAAGGCAGUUAUGAGGGUCCGUUCCGACGCCCUCAAUGUUGGGAUUUGAAGAAAGAAAAAAAAAAAAAAACCAAUGCAAGUUUGGAAUUCCACAAGAAGAGGGGAGAAGAUUGAGUGUGUGUGUUUGUGUCUGCGCGCAAAAAUGGCAAAGUUGCUUUAGCGCAAAGGUUCUCAAUCUUGUUGGGUCCAAAGGAGAAACGUUGCCCCCCCCCCCCCCCCCUCAUAAUCAGAAUGCCAAUUCAACAGAACUACCAUGUCAGACAAAUUAAAUGGUUGCUCAAAGUGAGGGUGGUCAAAUUCUGACCGAAAAAAAAUACAGAAUUCUGUGAAUGUUGUUUUUUUUUUUUUUUUUACUUUCAAGGAAAACUGUCAUAGUUUUGUCCUCAAAUGUAGUAACUUAUUUUUUCAAAAGGAUACGCCUUAAUGAUUUAUUGCAAAUUAUUUUGCGAGGUCCCGUAGUCGGUCCCUUGGGGAUCCGAGGACCCCAGUUUGAGAACCACUGCUGAAGCAGGUUUGACAAAGGCAAAUAUAAAUGUUUCUAAAUCCUUCAGAGAAAGAUGAGAUGACUUUUCAAAGGACUGCUGAACAAAAACAGAUUUAUUUUUGCUUUUCCUGGUUUUCUUUUUUUUGCGGGCUGGGAGGGGAAAACUAGGAGCUAUCGUCACUUUCGGACCACGCAUGCAGUGUAACCGCCAUCCUGUCAGUGAGUGUGAGUGUGUGUGUGUGUGUGUGUGUAUGUGUAUGUGCGCGUGUGUGUGCGCGCAAAUGUUGUCCAUCCUGUCCCCCCACUCAGAAUCCCGCUUUUAUCAGGAGUAACUUUCAACCAACAAAAGAGGAAAACCUUUUUAUUAUUAUUAUUGUUUUAAUUGUUGGUGGGUUUUUUUUAUGAUGGAAUAUGUCUUUGGAAAAAAGCAAAAAAAAAAAAGUUGAGAAAAAAAAUAACGGAACUGAAACACAAUCUCGUCAUACCUCACAAGUGAAAAGGAGCGUGGGAGGCGGGAAUCGACCGUUUUGUGAACGCUUGGAAAACAGACAGCAGUGUGCUAACGAGAGUUGUGCGCUUUUUGUGCGUACAAGUUACAAAUCCACACAGCCCCCCCCCCCCCCUCACUCUAGUGGCGUGCUUGUGCGGAGCCUGGGGGCGUCCACGGUGGUCUUGAGUUUUGUCAUGGCAGAGUGUUUCUGGUAUUGAAUGUAGCUGAUAGGAAUGGAGGGGGGGUGGGCUGCACCCAAACACCUCCCCCCUCCUUCCCUCCCCACUUCCACACACCAGCAGAGAGGACAGCACAACACACACACCUGCGCUGUUGUUUGUGUGUGUUUGACAAAUGUUGUCUGGUCAACACAACCAAACCGUCCAACACAUGAUCUGACGUCACCUGAACCCCCCCCCCCCCCCCGCCCUUCCUUGACCACCCACCCCUCACCCGUUAUCAUGCAGGCUUGUGUGUGUGUGUCUGUGUUUUGUCCACAUGCUUCAAUGUUGAUUAUGCAAUUUCUCUCCAAAGUGAAACUCAGUUUUUGUGGUUACUCAAUCUGGAUGCACAACUAAAUUUACUGGUUAAAAAAAACUAAAACAAAUCGGCACCCAAAUCCAGUUUCAAUUAAAUACAAAAUUUGUCUAUUGUGGUUGGACCCACGUUGUCCAACAAAAAUGGAACCAUGUAUAUCAAAAAAUGUGUCAAUUUUGUUGCCUUUUGGGUAACCACACUCCCCAAGUUGACCUUUAGCCUUUAGCUGCUAAACAGGAUUUUGUUAAGUCUGCGUGUGUGUCUCAGUGUACUUGAUGCUCUCAUCACUCAGUGGGCGGGGCCACCAAAAAAGAGUCUUAGAUAUAUUCCCCCACCUCUUUGAGAUAUAUGGGAAGCUUUAAAGUUUUCAACCCAGCGACCAAGUUAAUUUAAAGGAGCGCUAACGGCUAAGUAGUAUUUCGCGGCACGCUACCAAUCCCCAACGAAGGCACUUAACUCACAAGCACUUUGGACGAGAGUCUCGGCCAAGACAAAGAAAAAAAAACUGUGUGACGAGGCAAAUGUGAUUUGCGUCUUUUGGGAUUUUGACUUUGAAAUCAAACUUUGAAACGAGUGCAAUAGCAAAGCAAAUUGAGUUGAAAGAAGCACUUGAAUAAUUGGGACCCGCUCACCUGAGAGCAGCGAGGCCACGCCCACACACGCCCAAACAAAUACACGCACACACACAAACCACUUUUGUGACUUGGGAACGAAAGCUGUUGAAGGAUUCUCUCAGGUAUAAGAACUUUUUUUUUUAAAUAAAUGAUGAAACUUA